AGCAGCAGAUAGAUUCUCAUUGUUUGCCACUUCCACUUUCCAGUAAUGAGAACGAUUACUUGACCAAUAUCUAGCCAGUUUCUGCCGAAGUUGUGGAAAAACCUACAGUUUUUCAUAGCAAAGUUGCAUGAUUGGUUUCUUCCCAAAAAUCAAAACUUCUGUGGAGCUUUAGGACUGCGAGGCAUAACCAACCAGAGCUGAUGGUCAGUUUAUUCUGUAACUAGGUGACGGCUCUCCAACGACAAGAUGUAUUUCGCUGUGCUGGUGAUUCUCUUACACUGUCCAAGUCUAAAAGCUCAAGACGAUGUUAUUACCAUCAACAAAGUUGAACUCACUGCGCCAUCCCUGAAAGUGAAGAAUGGAAUGUCAAUUGAACUCACCUGUAGUGUGGACAUUAGCAAAAGCACCAGCUUCCAGAUGCAGCAUGCUUUUUUAUUUUACAAGGAUGACAGUCUUCUGCAUAAUACCACGUCGGAGCAAAACAGAACACGUUACAAAAUAUCGCCAGCUCGAUUUGCAGAUUCGGGAAGCUACAAGUGCACUGUGGAGGCAAACAGGAAGACUAAAAGCAGCAAUGAUUUGGAUGUUCGAGUUGAGGGGCUGUCCCAGCCAAAACUGACUGCCCUGAAAAGAGAAGUAACGGAGGGUGAAGUUGUGACUUUACGGUGUGAAGUACCAGAAGAAAAGCCUCCCUUCAUUUUCUUGUUCCGUAAACUAUUGCCCAAUCAACAGUUCCAAAAGAAAAGCAAGCAAGAAUUAAAAGAAAACUUCGCAUCUGUUGAAUUUCCUGUUGAAGAGGGGGAUCGAAUAUUGCGUUUUCAAUGUAUUGCCAAGGUUACUUCAGCAGUCUAUUCUGAAACAUCAGAGCCCAGUAACAUGACAAUUGUUACAGUUGUGGAACCAUUUUCACAUCCUAAACUGACAUCCAAGUCCCCAUGGAACAUUACAGAAGGAGACAGAAUUGACAUUGUGUGCACAACGAUUCUAGUCCGGAAAUAUGAACUUGAAAUCCUCAUCCAGAAAGACAGCAGGAUACUAAACAGUACACGAGGUCAGAGUUCUGUGACCUACUCUGCAAUAGCCACAGUGGAGCACAAUGGCAAUUACACGUGCAAAGUGGAACUGGGGAGAGUGUCCAAAACCACCAGCAUGAACAUUGUUGUGGCAGAGUUGUUUGCCAAGCCAAUAUUGACUCCUUCUUUGACUGACCUGGAUGAAAAUGCGAGGUUAAGCCUGUGGUGCCAUAUUAAUGGCUCCCCUAAAGCAAACUUCUCUAUCAUAAAGAGACCUCCGGAGAACGGCAUCUUGUUGAAAACUUUCAGCAACUUCACUAUUCGAGCCCAGGUGAAUGACACCGGGUCCUAUGUUUGUAGGGCUGAGAUAAAAGGAAUCAUCAAGGAGAGUAACCCUGUACAGAUAACUGUUUACGCUCCAGUCUCGGAGCCAGUUCUUUCUGUUGCCAGCCCAUCCACGGAGAUGGUGUUAGGGGAGACCCUACUCCUACGCUGUCAAUCCAUGUCUGGAACUCCACCUAUAAACUAUACGCUCUUCAGAGAAAACAGACUUAUUCACACCAUCACAGUAUUUAAUAAUACAUAUGCUGAAUUCAGGGACAGACAAACUAAAUUAAAUAAUCUGAGAGAAUACAGAUGCGAAGCUAGCAACCGUCACUCCAAUGCAAAGAGAAGUAGCUAUAAGAUGAACAUCACGGUGAUAGCUCCCGUUCGCAACGUAAGCUUUGGAAGUUUACCCCAGGGGGAAGUGGAAGAUGGUGGAGAAAUCAACUUUCUUUGCAUCGUAGGCGAAGGAUCUUUGCCAAUCAACUUCAGAAUUUUUAAACAAAAUGACCAGAAACCUUUAUUUAAUGAAAGCAGAAUGGAAACCAGACUCCUCUGGCAGAAGAAAACAUUUCACAAGCAGGACGCAGGGAAAUAUUUUUGCGACGCCUCCAACCGAGUCACGGAACCUAUGCGAAGCAACUUGCUAACCGUUAAAGUCAUCCUGGCUUCAUGGCAGAAAGGGUUUAUCGCAUUAUUUGUCUUGGCUGUAAUUGCCAUAACAGCUUCUGGUUUCUGGUGGUACUGGCGUAAGAAGGAAAAGGGUAAACAUCCUUCCAUGGAGAUGUCUGGAUCCACAGCAGCCACUAAUUCGACUAGUGAGAAACUGCCAUCUGGACCGAACCAUUAUACAGAAUUCUAUCCUGGAUCAGGUUACAUUGAAGAUGAAAAUCCUGUAAAACCAACAGAUGAAAAUAAAGGACCUGACCAUGAGAGUGCUGAGGUGGAAUAUACUGAAGUUGAAGUGUCAACGCCUGAUCCUUACAAAGCUCCUGUAAAGAAGGGGACAGAUACAGUAUAUAGUGAAAUCAGAAAAGCUAAUAAUGAUUCUGGGGAAAACAGACACUCUGUGUAGAGCGAGGUGAUUUCCUGACUGUGACUAUUGGCUUGAGCAGAAGCUUGCAUUCAACUCUGUCUGUGCUCCUGACCUGUGCUAUGUAGCACCUUCAACCAGGAUAUUAGAAGACGGGCCGACUGGCAGGAUUGUUGGUGGAGACUGUGACAUUCUAAACAAAUAUUAAUGGAAAGCAAAUGCUGACAUUAUUACGAUCAUCCAAUCAGGGAACUGGAGCAACGCCAUGUGAUGUAAGAGCCCAGCCAAACUAACCAUCGCAGCUCAAAUUCCAUGGACAAUCUACCAGUCAAGAAAUGAUACGGUGAAUAGCUUUGAACACCAAACUAAUCAGAGGAAAAGCCAAUUUGUGGAGAGAACGAGUGGCUAAAUGCCUCAAAUGAAUGAUCACUCGGCUCUGCUGAAAUGCAAAAGACAAAGAACAAGCACUCCAGAAAUAAUGACAUUAACGUUAUUUAUCAAAUACUUUCCGACUAUAUCCCCAAUGUGCUGUUCAGUAAUAUCAUGGUUAUUAAUUAUUAUUACUAGUGCUGUUGUGCUAGCACCCAAAAUGGGCCGGGCACUGGGUAAACAUACAGGAAGAGACAGUCCCUGCCCUGAUAUAUUUAUAAUCUUAUUUUUAAAAAAUAAUUGAGAAGCACACACUGGAAACCAUACUAUGAUAAAACCUGCCCUCGUAAGACUAAAGAGAGUAAGAGAAAGAGAGGAGGAUCCUAUCCAGAGGCUAAACUCUGAGGUCUUUUGCUCAGUCCUUACUCCGGCAAAACCCCCAUUAUAGUCCUCUAGGAUUUGGUUUCAAGAACAGGGAGUUUUCAAAGGUAACUCUUGACAAAGAAAAGGAGGGAGGAACUGCCACAUGUUGAGGGAGACUGCAGAGGCCCAGCUGCCUCCUGAUCUUAGACAAGAUGGUUGGAUCCCUAAAAGGCAGCUGGUAGAGCACAGACACCUGUUGGAUGGAGGCGGUCUCAGUGGUAGGCAGGGCCAGCCCCAGGUUCAGAGUUCCUUGGUUCCCUGAGCAGAAGCCUGCAGAAGAGGAAUGUGCAUGUACGUACAAGAUCCCUUCCAAAAAACAGGGCGGGACGCGGGAGUGUAUUUUUCCUGCCACUUAUUUUAUAUGACUCUGGAUCAUUUGCUUAAAAAAAACAACUGUAGCAAAUAAGAGACUUGUAAAUAACAAUCACAGUAGCACUCUCUACGACAGCUAACAAUACACAUUCAGGCCUGGUCUACACUACAGAGUUAGGUUGACGUAAGCUGCCUUACGUCAACCUAACUCUGUAAGCAUCUACACUAAAAUGUAGCUCCCACUGAUGUAACUCACCCGCUACACUGACUUAAUAACUCCACCUCCAGGAGAGGCGUAGCUCUUAGGUUGAUGUAGUUAGGUUGACGCAGUAUUAGUAUAGACACUGCGUUGCUUACAUUGGCUGUUUGUUGCCUUUCAGAAGCUGUCCCACAAUGCACCACACUGACAGUUAACUCUGUGCAAGUGCUCCUGGUGAGGACAUGCACUGUCGACAUAAGGAGCGUAGGCAGACAUGUAAAAGGGAUUUAAUUACUGCGGUGGCUGUAUGUCGCUAUAACUUAAGUUGACUUAAUUUUGUAGUAUAGACUUGCUCUCAGGCUCUGAAAGGCAUGGCGCUCCACCCUCCAUCAGCAUUCAAGUCCACAUGGGCUACAAAAGAAAACUUCUGUGUUGUUUACAGUCCAUUGGCAGAGCAUUGAAGGUCAUGGAGUGUGUUGCAAUAAACAGGCAGAUUUUUAUAGGCAAAUGGGGUUUAUUUCUCAUUGUCAUUUAAAGGUUUGGGGUUUUACUUUGCUCUCUAUCUUCUAAAAAUAAAUCAAGCCUAGUUCUCCUCCCAGUUGCAAGGAUGCAACCUCACAGCAUCACAGAGGAGAUUUUUUUUUUUUUUUUAAUCUGUGCCUGGGAUAAGGGCUUAGUAUACACAGGAGAAGGUGGAGAGAAGUCACUGCAGCAAACAGCUGGUGUGAACCUGAAUGGGAGGCAUUGUGCUUUCUCAGUGCUCUGGAUUGCCUGUUGGAGCCAAGCCUACAUAUCUUCUGCACCCUUUGACUUCAGUGAGAGGUUCUGGGCAUGCAGCAUUGGGGCCUUUGUUUGCACCCUUAUCCAUAACUGCUACAUAAAGCAAAGUUCCACAUAUACUCUAGCUGCUAACGUGAACUGAGCCCUUGCUAUAUAGAACUUACACAGGUAUUUCCCAAUGCUUGUAAGGUAUAGAGUAAGUGUGAGCCAGGGGACGGUCACUCCUCCUGGGUUCUGUGGCCAGCUCUGUCAUUGACUUGUCUGGCCUUGACCCAAUCACUCAUCACUAUUUGACGGUUGGGCAAAAGGAAUUUAAUAUCUCCCUCACGAGAGUGCUGAGUGGCUUCAUUAAUUCAUGUUUGCAAAGCACUCUGAGAUCUUGGAUGAAAGGUGCUAUUGAUGUGCCAUCUUUAUGAUAAUUGAUGAUUUUGAUAAUUUUUUUCUAUUACCAAAAUUGAGUCUAGAAGCCAUUAUCUGGAGCCACGUUGAGGCUGCUUUGGUUCUUGAAUGGGAUGCAGUGAAAACACCUCAGCACCCUAUGUAAAUAAUUUUGGCUUUAAUUAAUUGGGCCCUGUCAUUUUACCAUCUCCUGGCAAGCUGAGAGGAGUUGGAUUUAGGGCUGCAUUUUCCUUGCUCGCACAAAUCCCUGUUUGCAUCUGGAAAGGAGUAAUAAGAUCCCCUGUAAAAUUCAACAGACUGUCGCAAACAUUUUUAGUUUCUCAUCAAUAUACAAAAGAAAAACCUGCUUUGGAACCAACUGUGCAUGUUACUUGAGUUUUCCCCAGCAAUAUGCCCUUGGGGUUCACAUUGACAGCACACAGAUGGGCAGGAUCAGGAUGUACAUGUGCCACUAAACUUAAACCCUGAGGGUGUGCAUGAUACUUCCCAGGAAAUGGCACUUGUACAACACACAGGCAUCCCCUAGAAACUCUGACAUAACGUUAUCGGACAGGAAACACCCCCGCUAGACAUCCCUGUUGCAGUUAAAUACUGUAACUUGUCCUGAUUAAAUAGCUAUUUGAAUCACCAGGGCUUGUGCCGACAGGGCCCAGUUCUGCUUGCAGGGCCAUCUCUGGAUAAAAAGCAGCAUCAGGCCUUGGUUCUUUUGCCUGCUGAGCAGGAGCAACCCAAAGUGUUUCUUUCUCUUCUCCACAUAAAUGAGCCACAGUGGGGAUCAGAAAGUGAAUUUCCUCGUGGGGUUGGUUUUUUUCUUCUUCUUCUUCUCAACAUUGCUCAGGCAACAUAAAAGUGCAGAGAGAAAAGAGACGGAGAGACUCUGGCCGUGCCGUCUCUCCUCGUUUUAUUGAAGUACUUUACUUCUAUAGCUUAUUUUCCUGCAGCCCUAUGCUCUGCAAUGCCUCACAGGGAGAGUCCGACUGAGGGGAGUUGCUGACCCUGCCUAUCAAAGCGAAAAGAGUCCUAAUAACCUGAUCAAGUGGCUUAACCUCCCUCUACAGGCAGUUUUCUACUUUAGAGGUCUGGAGAAGAGCUUGGGGGAGGUGGAAGACCUCUCUGCAGGGGAGAUUGGCCUUGCUGCUGCUCUUGCUGUGUGGAUACAGGCCUUUGGUCUCCAGGCCUGACACUGUGGCAUCCUAAUCAAAGGGAACAUGUUCAGGAAAGAAAGUAAUGUCCAGGUAGCAGGUUUCCUGGCUACAGCUACAUGUCAGAGUGUAGGUCUUGAAGACUCAUGAUUUGACAUUUUCAUGGAGAUAACAUGACACAGUGGGGAUUUUUGUGGCAAUACACCAUACAAAUGUAUUGGGGGGGACAGAAGGGAGUAAGCACUGUGGGACCGAACCCCUAUUUGGAGUCUGGGUUUCAGAGGUGGGAGCACAUGCCUUCCUUUUGACUUCAGCGACAGUUGUGGGUGCUUGAAAUCUGAUCCUUAGUGUCUGCUUCUUACUCCAAAUUCAAGUAACGCUCUCCCACCUCCCUUCUAAUAAACCUAUUAAAUUAUGAUGUUCUGCGUUAAUGGUGAGGAAGUCAUAAGGCAAAGUCAAGAAUUGCUGCGUUGAAGAAAAAAAAUGAAGAAAACAGCUUUAUAAUGAGCUCUCAUGCCUCCAUUAAUCCAACCCCAGCCCAUAAGAAGUCGUGUCACUGUCAGAAUAAGGCUAAUCCAGCAUGAAAACAAUGAAGAACUUUGCUCCCUCCAUGCCGUGUGAGGCCAUGAUAAAAGUAAGCCCAGUGCUUUAAUAAAUGCCACACAUUGACAACAAAGGGUUACAUUUCACAGAUUCGCAGUAAGGGUUUGAUCCCAUUUAAGUCAAUGAGGGUGAUAUGUUCGACAAAUCCAGUCAAAGCCUGAAUUAUUUAAAUGGGUUAAAAUCAAAUUGCAGUCCAAGUUCUGAUUAGAGAGGGGCACAGACCAAAGUAACCUGGGCCUCAACACAUUGGACUUGAGGGAUAUUCAGAACUAGAUCCAAACUUUGGGCUUGUGGCCUCUUCUCUUUUUCUUGUCUGCUACAGGAUUUUAGAUCUUAAGUUCCAUCCAUAGGAAGUGUUUGCAAAAGAAACGGGUGUCUUUGAAUUAUUUUUUACCUAAAAUCAGCUUGGAAGUGUCUGGAGUAAAUUAAUUGAAUUACUCAGAGAGGAACUGGGAGGAGGUUUCCUUCCUGGAAUCAGAGCUGGCAAUCUUUCUAAGUUAUUUAAUGGUCUUAGUUUCUGAAAACAUAUUGAAGGAAAUAUCUUAACAAUGAGAUAGCCACUUCGCCAAAUACUAAUUUGGUAUUGUGUUGGAUAUGCUGCAGCCAUACAUUCUGACUUCAUAUUCUCCCCUGUCAUUUUUACUUGUUUGUUUGUUUUAUUUUGUCCUGGUGCUGAACAUGGAUUGAUUAGCGUCACUUAGGACACAUUGUACUUUCAGGUGUACAUUUGUACUAAUACAAAAUGUACCAUCCUGGAGACAAAACUCUCCAAUUCUCCACCCACUUGCAGAACUGAAAAUCUAGCCACUUAUUUCUUCGUCAGUGCCCAAACAUAGAUUUAAGUGUUUAACUAUAGGCAAGCAGUUUGAAAAUGUUAGUCUAAAUAUCACUGUGUCUUAGUUUCCUCUCUGUACCAUAGAGAUGUUGAAUGACUUUAGAGCGGAGACAUGAUGAUUGUUUAGCUGAUAGUGCAGCUCUUGGAAAGAGUUGUUGUUAUAUUUCAUCUCUUUAUGCAAUUUCAUUGAUCCAAGAGUUUUUUUUUAAUUUAUGCUUAUUAGCUUUUUUCCCCCUCCUCAUUGCCAAUAGAGAAUAGAAGGUUCUCCUGAUGCCACUUAAAAGAUUCAUCGGAAACAUCAACUGCUGGGAGACAAAAACAAGAAGCGAGAUGAUGUGCCUGUUUCAAAAGCUCUAUGGCACUCAUUUAUGAACCUGCCAGCCUCCUCUCUUCAAUGUUCGUUUCCUCAGGGUGAACAACAGGGACAUUCCUAAAGCAUGUAAUUAAAGAAAAUUACGAAUAAAGUUUCGAAUGGGAAAGUGCCUAUGGAACCCAAUGCCAGGUCCCCCACAUGGUUCAUUUCUCUCACUAAAAGAGUUUUGUUUCUCUAUCCUCCAUUUCAUCCUGCUCUGGGGAGGUGGGAGUAUAGAAUAAGAGUACAUUCUGGGCUUUUUUAAAACUUAGUAACUGUACAGCGAUUCAGAACUUUACCACAUUAAAUAAUGCCUACGUUAUUAGAGACACAAAUAUUCCUUGUUCUUUGUUAAAUCACUUCUUGUAUCUAAAAGUUUCACUGCUCAAUGAGCUGGUUGGCAUAUUGGUUCUCUCUUGAAAGAAUGACUGCACAUCACAGUCCAGAUUAGACAAAAUAUAGAUCACAGAUGUUGGGUCAUCAGAUUUGGAGCUGAAGCUAAACCCUAAUCCAAAUCCCAUCCCCAAACAUUAAUGAAGUUCAGAAGCUUAUUUGGGUCCAGAUUGUAACCUCAUACCUGUCCCUACCUUAUCUCUACAAUAUGCCAAACCAACACCUUGAUUCCGUGCUUUUGAAGAUUGGCACCACAUCCAGAUCCCACUAAGGUGGCUGUUCCCUGUUUCAAUAAUGGGUUCAAACAAAGCCCUGGAUGCAAAUACUCCAUAACUUUGGAGAAGUUUGGAUCCAGAUCAGAACUUUGCAGUUCAUGCUAAUCUCAGGUUCAUUGAUGCCAAGAAAAUACAAACAAACAAAAACCCCAAACAGAGAUUUUCUUUUUCAAACUGUAAAGUGGGUCCCAAUCCUGCAAUCUGUUCCCAUGUAUCACUGCAGAUUCAAUUGCAGGAUCAGGGACAUAGAUAAGGCUCUUGUAUUAAAUGACAAAUAGCAUUUAAAAUAAUUAAAUCAACAAGGAUCUAAGUCAUUCUUACAAAGAGAUGACAUAUGGAUUCAUAUAUACAUAUAUAUAUUUACUGCUUUAAACUCUUUAUCAAAGGCUCUGGAACAGAAAAGGUAUAUAUCUCCUUUGAAAGCAAAGGAUUUUUUUUUGCCCCCCUCCCACCAAGCUUAAACUGUUCAGUUUCUUACUAAUAUCUUUUUAAUUUAUUUUUCCCUAGGAAAAGGUUGCUUGUAUCAUAAAACAUUUAAACCUUUCACAAACAACAACGGGCUUUGUAGCACAUCUCUGUUGGCAAAUAUACAUUCAAGCAUCCCACAAACCCUCCCACCCCCCAAAAAACUCCUCAAAUGUUAUUACAGUGAAUUUGGAAAAGGUAUUUUAAUAAAGAAAUCUUUGAACUUAA